GUGAUAACUCUCUUUUCAUAUCGAUUUUUUUGGCUUUGACCCCUAGAUUCCGGAGUUUUCACAGGGAUAACAAUGUUAACUUAAGGAAACAGAAGACAUUUUGUGGAUGGCUGUUUAAGGACGUUCUUCCCUGACCCUGUGAUCGGAUAGUCGUCACAGUUGUUCGGGAAUAAGACGUGCAUUUGUGAAGCUAGAUUUCUGGCAUACUUUCAGCUGACAGCAGACUAUCGUAUUAGACCUUGUCUGUUAGCACCACAGUAUGGGGACGUGCAUAUUACAAAAAUUAUGGCCAAAAAAUACGCUGCAUUUCUACAAAUACUGCUUUUUCAUGUAGCCAUUUUUGACUUGAGUACACCACAGGAAGACGAAUGCGAGGGAUAUUUUAAAAAACCACUGUACUGCUAUGAGUGCCAAGCCUCUUCAAGGUACCCUAACUACUGCUCUGACCCAUUUAAUGCCACUUUGCUGGCAAACAAUGUCUCCAUUUGUGAAGGUCACUGUGUAAAGUGGGUCAGGGAGCCAAGCCCAGGUUUCAUCACCUACACGCGCACCUGCUCUACCCGUUUGAGAAUCAGAAUGAUGAUUAACAUUGUCUGCAUGGAAGAAUCCAGACCUCGUUCCGGAGAAAUAUGCUUCUGUAAGGAUUCAAAGUGUAACGCUUCGUCUGGAACACAAUUUUCAACACUGGUUCUGUUUUGUGGAUUAUUCUUUAUCAAGGAGUGGACCUGAAAAACUUACCAUGGAAUCAUGCAUUGAUAGUCAACAAAAUUGUACUAGUGUGAUUGGAUACAAAUUGUUCUGGAGAUACUUUUAUCGGGCAAUCAUACAAAUUAAUUUUUUUAUAAAUAUAUAUACAGCACUUUGCACUUAUCUACUAUAUGAUAUCUGCAAGCCAACACAACCAAAACUGUACAUUGUGAACGCAUUCGCAUGCAAUAAUUUGUAUACAAUAAUUGGAAUGAAACGAAUUCUCAAUAUUUUGUGAGUACUGCAGUUUGGUAUUGAAAGUGGACUUGUGCUGAUGCUUUUCUUAACUCUACAUUUAAGGCUGAAGGCACGCUGAUUUAUGGAAUCUUGUAUUAUAUAUAUUUGAAUAUGAGAUUCAGACUUUCAAACUACUUGACAAGGAGUUUGUGGUAUUCAUAAAAAGUGAAGGUUUCAAUGUCACGUGACUUUAUUAAACUCCCUUGCAGCCUCGUGCUUCCGAGGAUAUAUGCAAAUUAUCCUUUGCAAAUAUUGUAUUACACAAAUGCAUAUGAUAUUUGUCUUACUUUUUGCACCUUAUAGUGUUCACAUGGGGAUUGAGAAUGCCAGAUGCUCCAUCCUAAGUCAUGCAGGAAAUAGAUUUUUAAAAACGCAGUCUGAUCUGUCACCUGUGUGGACAGUGUUCGAUCUGGACGAUUCUGGAAUCGUGUUCAGCUCGGAAAUGAUUGUAUAAAGUUGUGUUAGGUACAUGUAUACUCGUUAAAUUUCAAGUUGACUUUUUAUUAGUCAAUCUUAGAAAUACAGAAAAUAAGUAAUGUAUAUAUUCAAAGCUUACAAUGUUCCAACGUUAGUUGUGAAUUAUAACAUGUAUUCUCA